AACAUCGGUGUGUGUUGUGGAAGGGCUCGACGGGGCGGGUUUCAGGCUUUAGAUCUACAAUUAAAUAGUUUCAACCAUUACUUUUUGGUCACCGUUAGCUAGUUGAAGCAUUGGUGUUGUAAUAGAGGAUAUUGGCUACAACGACUUUGGACAUUUUAAGUGCGCAAUACAAUAACUAAAGAUAACUGUAGGUAUAAUUACGAGUUUGCAGAUGCAGUUCUUCGAGCAAGCACGGAGACUUUACCUUCUGCAUUUUGGUGUCAGCUAGCCUUCGUUUUUUUCAAGCGACUGUUUCAACGACACUAAAACGGCUGAGUAACUCUUAAAGCAGUAGAUCAUGUCGGUGGAGCUGGAUGUGUUCGUGGGGAACAACACCACCAUGGAUGAGGACGUCUAUCAACUUUGGCUGGAUGGAUAUGCAGUGAAUGAUGCUGUGCGAUUGCGUAUGCAGGCAGGGGGGUUGUGUGACGGUGAUGUGAGCUCAGAUGUGGUGCUCAGUGACACCAUGGACCAGUUCCGCACCUUCCAGAUGUGCGAAAAGCUCCUGUACAGUCCGGCCAAACUGGGCAACCAGCUGCUCUUCCAGAUCCCUCCACAGAAGCAAGGCAUGAUGAUCGAGAGGUACACACCAUGCUGCCGCACCCCCCUGGACCUGGUGCUCAGUAGGUACUAUCAGUUUGACAACGGCUUCGCCAGGGAGGUGCUGGGCAAGAAGCUGUCCAAGGGCAUGAAAAAGGAGCUGGAUGACAUAAGCUCCAAGACCGGCAUCGGCGUGAAGAGCUGCAGACGGCAGUUUGACAACUUCAAACGAGUAUUCAAAGUGGUGGAGGAGCUCAAGGGCCCCCUAGUGGACAACGUGAAGCAUCACUUCCUGCUCUCUGACACUCUGGCCAAGGACUAUGCUGCCAUCGUGUUCUUCGCCAACAGCCGCUUUGAGACGGGCAAGAGGAAGCUGCAGUACCUGUCCUUCCAGGACUUUGCCUUCUGUGCCGGGCAGCUCAUCAGCUACUGGACCGUAGGCGCCGUUGAUAACAUGAUGGAGGACAUGGACGUGGAUCUGGAGAAGGAGUUUCUGCACAACCUGAAAGAUCUGAAGGUCCUCAUCAAUGACAAGGACUUGCUGGACCAACAUAAGAGUUUGGUGUGUGCCCAGUUAAGAGGGAAGAUAAAAGUAUUCUGUGAAAUGGAGGCAAACUUUAAGAAUCUCUCUAGGGCCCUGGUCAACAUCGCUGCCAAGCUCACACACUCCAAAGAUGUCAGGGACCUCUUCAUAGAUCUGGUGGAGAAGUUCAUUGAGCCGUGCAGGUCUGAUAAGUGGUCUGUGGGGGAUCUGCGUCUCUUCCUCACUCACUACUCAAACACGGCGCACAUGCUCCAAACAUUCAGGUUUGAGCUGAUCUGGGACCGGUACAUGGGCGUCAUUAAGAGCUGCAUUCUGAAGAUGUACCAUGACUGACAGCCUGACACACUAGGGCCACAUGGGGGCGCUCUACCACACUACACCAUGCCCAUGUUGUCUCAUACUCCACCUCUCUCUCUCUCUCUCUUUCUCUCUCUCUCUCUUCUUCUUCUUCACUCCUCUCUUCUCCUCUCCUCUACUCUGCUCUCCUCUCAUCUCAUCAUACAAUCAUGUGUAGCCUGAGUUCUGUCAUAUGUUACCUGUCAAAUACUGACUUGUGAGUUCUGUUGUAUUUUACCUGUCAAAUAAGGACUUUUGUGUUUAUAACAACCUGUAAAUAGUUCACUAUUUGAAUUAAAACUCGUAUUUCUUUU